AUGGGCGAUCACGGCCGUUCGCGAUCACGAUCUCCACGGCGGCACAGAGACGACGGCAGGGGCGACAGGCGCGAGCGCGAGCGCGAUCGGGACAACGAGUACAAGAGCCGGAGUGAUCGCGACCGCGACCGUGAUCGUGAGCGUCGGGAUAAGCGCGACCGCGACCAUCGCUCCGACAGGCGCGAGGAGACCGAAAAGGAGAGGCGAGAACGCAAGCGCGCGAAGCGCGAGCGCGAGCGUGAACGCGAGGCGCGUCAUGAAGAGCGUCGUGAGCGGCGGCGAGCCGAGGACGGGGUGCGCGUCGUGGAUGAUGAUGAGGCCGGUGGUGAUUGGGUUGAGAAGGACAUGGACACGGUGAGUGCAGUGGGCACAAUUCCGACAGCCGACUCACUCCCUCUUAAGACGAGUGCGGUAGCCCAUGGUGAACCUUCCCCACCAUCGCUUGCAACAGAGACAACACGUGAAAGCUGGAUGCUAGGCCCAGAGGACCAAGUAGCUUCCUCUUCUGUCGCACGUGAAGCACCGUUGGCCUCUGCCGGCGACUUUUUCUCGGCCCUCGGGACGGAACACAUGCGUAAGGACCCCAACGAGAAGAAGAUUGAGCCACCCAUGCACUCAAAGUACGAACUCAACACGCAGCUGCUCGAAGGCAAGAGUGUCGACGAGUACAAGACCGAAGAAAAGAAGGCAGUGCAGCCUGGCGGUCCAGGUUACCAGUGGCGCAUGAUGAAACUCAAACGCCUGUACGAGCAAGCAACGGAGCAGGGCAAGCCCGUCGAAGAGAUUGCGCUUGAGCGCUACGGAUCGAUGGACGAGUUCCGGGAGGCGGUGGAGGAGCGGCGAGUGCUUGACGAGCGCGAGGCCAAGCGCAAGGCUCGCCGUGGCGGGAGCGACACUGGCUACUCCAGCAGCUCUGGGGUGCGGACUCCAGAUGCGCGUGGGGGCACACCUACCCGCCGCUUCCUGUUCAACGAUGACAGUCGGCCGUCGUCGCGUCAAGGGUUCCGGCGGCCAGGCGAGGAGCAGGACUCCACCCCAAGCGGACGAGUUGAUGCAUUGCGACGAGAAGGCGGCGGGGCUAAGCCCACGGGCCAGUUCGGCACGCCCGCCGGCGCUACGCCCAUUCCUUCGGUAUUUACGCCGCAGGCGUUGACACGAGGCCCGUCUGGCGAGGACGUCCCGCGUUCCUCGCAUGACGGACGGCCAGUCAUGACGAUCGAGCAACUCAAUCGUCUUCAAGCUAAAGUGCUCCGUGCCAAGCUAACCGACGAUGCCGACGCGGAGGCACUGGAGGAGCAUUAUGACCGCGAGCGGGCUCGCUAUGAUGAGGCUAGUUCAUCCGCCGGGCCGAGCGGCGGCGCACUUCGCACCGACGAGAAGGGAAACGUUGUCGAGAUCGCGGUGCUCCCGACGCUCGAUGGGCAGGGCAAGCUCUACGAUGUCGGGCUAGGGAAGGAGGACGAAGCACCGCACGGCAAGCGUCGCAAGAAGGAGCCAAAGUUCGAAACUCGUGACCGCGAGGGCAACCUUUUGCGGUACAAUGCGGAUGACGACGACAUCACUCUUGGCGAGAUGGUGCGGCAGGAGCGCUUCGGCGGGGGAGCGGCCGACCAGAAGAAUCUGGACGCCGAGAUGGCGGCGCGCAUUGCCACGGACGCACGCUUCGACAACAACCUCGAUUACAUGGACGACAACGCUGAACGCCUUGCGCGUCGCAAGAUGAAGACGGACGCGAUGAAGCGCCAGUUUGCGAUUAACGACUAUCGGCGUACAAAGAAGGCACUCGACGAAUGUCCCUUUUGCUUUCAGGAGGACAGAAAUCCGGAGACGGCCAUUGUUGCUCUGGGGAAGCGCACGUAUAUGUGCUGCACGCUCACGGAAGAGCUCGUGCCAGGCCACUGCCUGAUCGUUCCUAUCCAGCACAUGCUCAGCACGCUGCAGAUGGACGACGACGAUUGGGAUGAGGUCCGCAACUUCAUGAAAUGUCUCAUGCGGAUGUGGGCGGCGGAGAACAAGGGCGUAUUGUUCUACGAAACCAUCUGCUCUUUCCGCAAGCAAUUGCACUCGUACAUCGAGUGCGUGCCGGUGAAAGCCGAGUUGUUCGCCGAUGCGCCCGCCUUCUUUCGCGAGAGCAUCCUCGCAUCCGAGUCCGAGUGGAGCCAGCACAAAAAGUUGAUCGACUUCUCGACGCGUCCCGGCGGAUUCCGACGCAUGCUCCAUCCCAACUUGCCUUACUUUAUGGUGCAGUGGGACUACAAGGGAGAGAAGGGGUACGGGCACGUCAUUGAAGGUGUCGAUGAUGCCGGGGGCUCGGCCGAUGACCCAGAGGGCAUGGUGGAUGAGGGCGACAAGGGCGGCGGACGGUUCCCUCCGUAUUUUGCCGCCGAAAUUAUCGGCAACAUCCUCAACCUUGAACCGCGCAAGUGGCUGCGGCCGCGAAAGAUCGACCCGAGCUUAAACAAAGAGCGCGCGCGUGCACUUGGAACAAAGUUCCAGCCUUACAACUGGACUGUUGCACUUCAGGAGGGCGCCGAGUGA